AAUAUCAUAGCAUUAGUGUAAUCAUUCAAGGGAAUACAAUGUUGUUAUAGCCAAACAGAUACUUGGUGCAUCCUCAUCUUUUGGGCUGGAGAGAUGGCGUCUUUAAAGACGAUCAUCGGCUACAGCAUGGUGAUCCUGAUCAUCGUAUUAUCUGCGAUUAUCAUCAUUAUUUUGGCUUCUGCUUUCGCUGGGAAACAUUCAUCUGUGCUCAGCCUCGACAAAGCUCCUGUUGCCAAUUUGGGCAAAAACCAACUCCUUAGCUGCUACCAACAGAUAAUCAAAACCAUGCCACUGUCCCAGAUGUCUGUGACCUGGACGAAGAGUGAGGUGCCUGGGGUGGUCUAUCAGUUUAAGAAUGGAGCUGUGGAUCUCGAGAACCAGAGCCCACAGUUCAAAGGCAGGGCCACGGUUUCCUCAGUCGACCUGCUGACAGGGAACACCUCGCUGCUACUGUCCACGGUGAGGAGCCAGGACCAGGGGAAGUACACCUGCACAGUUAGCAGCAGCGCCGGAGGAGGGGCAGUCACUGUAGACCUACGAGCUGGAGCCUUUUCAGCACCAUCUUUCACAUUAUCGAACAGCACUUUGACAGCUGUGGCAGAGCGCUGGUUUCCUAAACCCAGUGUGACCUGGACCAACCUGAAUGGAACUGUUCUACAUGGGAACACCAGCCUGAACUCAAACAGUGCUGGUGUAUACACUGUGGAUACAGUACUAUCACCCAUAAACAUGAGCAAUACUUACAUUUUGAGGAUUGAGAAUGACUUGAAGAUCUCAGUUUCACAAGCAACUGUAACAGGCUCUGGGGUUACGCAGCAAACUUACCUGUACAACACCAACAAGGCGUCCUCAUCACUGAUCUCAUCUACACAAUUCACCUCCAUCAUCACUGUUUUAUACAUUGGCCUGGCCUGCCUCUCAUAA